UUUGCAGCAGUCAACAAUGCUGAUUUUAUCAUUCCUGUAGAGAUUGAUGAACAGUUCAUCAGGGUGUAUGUGUUGAAGAGGCCCCAUGUGGAUGAGUUUUUGAGAAGAAUGGGGGAAAUGUUUGAGUGUGUUCUCUUCACUGCCAGCCUGGCCAAGUACGCUGACCCCGUGGCGGAUCUGCUUGACAAAUGGGGAGCGUUCCGGGCCCGCCUGUUCCGGGAAUCUUGUGCCUUCCAUCGAGGGAAUUACGUCAAGGAUCUGAGCCGACUGGGGAGGGACCUGAAUAAGCUGAUCAUCAUUGACAAUUCUCCUGCCUCCUAUAUAUUCCACCCAGACAAUGCGGUUCCAGUGAUAUCUUGGUUUGACGACAUGUCUGACACUGAGCUCCUAGACCUUAUACCCUUCUUUGAGAGAAUAAGCAAGGUGGACGAUGUAUACAGCGUCCUAAAACAGCGCAGAACUGCCAGCUAA